AACCAACUGGGCCGAUCGACCUGUCUGUGUGUUUAUUUUAAUUUUUAGUGGGUCGACCGUUGAACACCAUUUUUUCGUUGCUCCUCCGGGGAAAAUAUCAAUAUGACGUCGUUAUCGCAAAGGCCGGGCUCUGGCUCCGGUGUCCUUAUUAAACGUAAAAAGACAGCGACAAUGACCAACGAAAGCAAAGCCGACGAUGAUACGGAAAACCAGAACGAUUAUGAAGAGGAAGACCUAGGCGAUUCGAAAGAAACUCGCCUCACCCUGAUGGAAGAAGUACUUUUACUCGGUUUGAAAGACAGAGAGGGAUAUACAUCAUUUUGGAAUGAUUGCAUCUCAUCAGGACUAAGAGGGUGCAUGAUUGUUGAAUUAGGCUUCAAAGGAAGAGUAGAAACAGAAAAAGCUGGCAUGAGACGGAAAAGUUUAUUAAACAGAAAGUUGUUAUGCAAAUCUGACAGUCCAACAGGGGAUGUACUCCUAGAUGAAUCCCUGAAACAUAUAAAGGAGACUGAUGUACCAGAAACUGUACAAACAUGGAUUGAACUACUUAGUGGUGAGACAUGGAACCCAUUAAAACUGCGCUACCAACUACGAAAUGUUCGUGAACGUCUAGCUAAGAAUCUGGUGGAGAAAGGUGUCCUGACCACAGAGAAGCAAAACUUCUUGCUAUUUGACAUGACCACACAUCCUGUUGUUGAUUCAGCAAUAAAACAACGUCUAAUCAAGCGUGUACAAGAUGCUGUGUUGAGUCGGUGGACGAAUGAUGCACACAGGAUGGAUAAAAGAAUGCUGGCACUUAUAUAUCUUGCACAUGCAUCAGACGUACUUGAAAAUGCAUUUGCACCACUUACAGAUGAUGAUUAUGAGAUUGCUAUGAAACGUGUUCGUGAAUUAUUGGAUCUGGAUCCUGAAAUAGAAGCUAUGAAAAGUGGAGCGCAUGAAGUCAUGUGGGCUGUUAUUGCUUCCUUCAUCAAAUGAUGACUCAAUGUCAUUUUUAAUGGACUAGGGACACGAUAAAACAAACAUGUUUCUGUGGAAAACAUUUUGUAUAGUGGGUGACACAAACAUGUAUGUAUAGUAUGGGAAGCUUGAAUAUAAUGUUACAACUGCACUCUCAUUCCAUGUGUAAACAUCAGACUCUUAUCUAUGGUUAUAUUUAAAAAAUACUUGAAAUUAUUGAAAAAAAAAUACUGUGGGUGUUGGAAGUGGGAAUUGUAAAUAGAGAAUCUAUGUGGGAGAUAAUGAGCUUGUUCUUUUUAUCAGUGUUUGGAUUUACUGCAAGUAAGAGUUUGACACCAUUGCUGUUGAGCUGCUUUGCUUUUCUUUUAUGUAAUCUUCCAUGAAUUUUAUUGGAGAUAUUUGUUUUUCUGUGAAACACACAUAUGUUACACAUUUGUUGGCAGCCACAGUGUUGUACAAUGAUAAACAAAAAUGCAUGUGUGUGUGAUCAAAGUGAUUUUCUCAUCUCUGACAAAAAUUUGAUAAUUUAUGAUAAUUUUUAUGUUAAGGAAUAUAUGUAGACACAGAGUUUUGAAUUGUUUCUAUCAAUCUCCAUUUAGAAAAUGUUGCCAUAAUCUAGUUCCUCAUACUCUUAACAGUUUAUCCACAUUUUAAGGGGGAUACCAAAUUGCAUAUACAUAUUUAUAAUUUAAAACGUGCAUGUAAUCCAAACAAUGUUUUUUUUCCUAAUUUGCUCUAUUAUACACAUUUUAUGCUUGUCAAUUAUAUUGUAAAGAGAAAUGAUACUGUGCAACAGUAGUCAAUACAUUCAUAUUGCUAUUAUAAUUCUAUUAGGUGUAAAGUUAGUUGGAUUUUUUUCUGGCAGUAGAAUGUGUAUAUGCUGGAGUAAUACAAGCAAUUAAGAUGUCUUGGAUCUAUAUUAUAAGGGCUGUAAAUGCAGUCUGUACACAAAUAUCUUACACAAUUUGACUCCUGCUGUAUGUGCAUGCUAUUUUUAAUAUUUUGACAAGAUGCAAAGCUGGAAGAGUGAUGGCUAUGUACUCUAUAUGGUAACUGGUGAUUGUGUGCUAUAUUCAUUGUGUUGAAAGCAACUCCACAUCUAAUUGUUGUUUGUACUGUUGGUAGCAUGGUACCAGAGAACAAGGAAAAACUGCUGUCUGGUUUGUGCAACAUGGUACAACUGUAUCAUAGACACUAUGAAGUUCAAAAUAUGUAACUGACAAAUGUCUGAAAAGACAUUCUGUGCAAUGAUGUAAUGUGUUCAGUUACACUAUUCUCUGGUUUCAUGGUACACCUCCAGUCAUUAGAGUAGCUUACUGAAGUUGCAUUCUCACUUUGAAUUAGAAGCAGAACGCCUACCAAUGAUUACUGUCACAAGAAAUAAUAAAAUCCAGAUACAUUGAAGCACUGAGGUGAGCUUGCACUUGACACAAACAAGGUCUUAGUUUCUUUAAUUAACAAGUCAAACUUAUGGACUGAAGAACCAAAGCUCUCUCUCUGGAUGCUUGCAGGGUUCAGUGGGAAGUUUUCUACAGAACAUAGAAAGUUGAAUGUAUCUAACAAUUCUAUUUGUUAUGUUCAACAAUGGUUAAUGAAUUUAUUCACAUCCUCUCCCCAAGCCUACAAUAAACUCUAGCAUCAGUGAUUGUAAUUAAACUAGUGUAAAUUUAAAUGAGACCAUGAACAUAAGCAUUGCCAAUUAUUCAUAAAAGACAGAAUUUGAUGUGGAGAACAAAGCUGUCAACAAUUUGCCCAGAUUGGUCUGCAUGUUGGCUAGCCGAUUGGGCACAACUUGUAAGUAGAUUUGCAUCGACUCUAAUUAUCUGGAGAGUGAUUUGAGUGUGCAGCAUUUAAAAUUAUCAAUGAAUUGAGAAUAUUUUACAUGGUUCCAGUGUAACCAACCCAUGCUGCAGUUUCGCAUAUUUCCUAUCGCCUACUGCAACCAUAAUGAAAUUUUCACAAUGCAAGAGUAAACAAAGUAUAAUUGUUUGAUACACAACUUGUAUUGUAAAAUACAGAGGCAAUGUACAAUAUUUGCUACAAAUGUCGCUCAGUGGAACAAAAAAUGUGGAUGUGGCUUCCAUGAAUUUAUUACUACUAAUAAAAUGGUAUCAAGUCUGUUACUGUGGAGUGUUUAUCAGUUUACGCAUUACUGAAGCAAGUAUUAGUAUCCUCUUUACAAGACUUAUUUUAAAAGUAACUGCUGUAUGUACCACUGAAAUCUUGUAUUGUAACCUUAUGUACACGUCUAUUCUAAAUGGAGGUGUUGAGAUGCUUGCCUUCAUAGUAGAAUCUACAGCUUUAUUUAUAUACUUUUAUGUUAUCAGAGUUGACAUGCAUGCAUGCUACAAGCAAAGCAAAGAGGAUUCAUUUUUUGGGGUAAUAUUCUAUUGUUUAUUGAAUAUUUGUAAAUUGAAUGAUUUAACAGAGUAACCAACACAAUAGAUGCCAUUUGGGGUGAUUUUUGGUAAUCAUGGUGAUUUUAAUGUUUAUGGGGUACACAUGUACUCUAUAUUCCGU